AUGGCAGUGAACCAGAGCCACACCGAGAACCGCCGCGGGGCUGUCAUCCCUUUUGGUGAAAGUGUUUUGAAGCAGUGUCAGGAUGUGGACCUCUCCUUCCUACAGCAGCCCGCAGGAUCUGACCUCUUUAGGGGUACAAAGAAGGGAGCGCUGUUUCUCACUUCAUACCGGGUGAUCUUCGUGACUUCACACUCAAUCGACGACCCCAUGUUUUCUUUCAUGAUGCCAUUUGAUCUGAUGAGUAACUGCACCAUUGAACAACCCGUCUUUGCCCCCAACUACAUUAAAGGAACCGUUCAGGCAGCUCCAGAUGGUGGCUGGGAAGGACAGGCUGUUUUUAAAUUAUCCUUCAGAAAAGGAGGUGCCAUUGAAUUUGCCCAGCUAAUGAUGAAAGCUGCCUCUGCUGCUGCCAGAGGAAUUCCACUCGGAAGUGUGAAUUACUGGUACGGCACUUCGGGACUGUUUGUAAUCACUACACCCGGGGGCAUGACUGUCCAUAUAUGUCUGUUAGAUCCACAGAAUAUAGAGCCCCACCUCCAGGAUACGGAGCCCCACCUCCAGGAUACGGAGCCCCACCUCCAGGAUACGGAGCCCCACCUGAAAGACUCGAAGCCCCACCAGCAGGAUAUGGAGCCCCAUCUGCGGGAUAUGAAGCCCCACCUGCGAGAUAUGACGCCCUGCCUCCAGGAUAUGGAGCCCCACCUGAAAGACACGAAGCCCCACCAGCAGGAUAUGGAGCCCCAUCUGCAGGAUAUGAAGCCCCACCUGCAAGAUAUGAUGCCCUGCCUCCAGGAUAUGGAGCCUCACCUGAAAGAUAUGAAGCCCCACCAGCAGGAUAUGGAGCCCCCUCUGCAGGAUAUGGACCCACAACAGCUGGAAAUGAAGCCCCACCUCUAGCAUAUGAAGCCCCAUCUGCUGGAAAUAGAGCUGCCUCUCACACAUCUGUGGCAGCCCAGCCGGAGGCUUCUCUUCCCUCUACCUCAUCUUCUCAGGCCCAUUUACCACCUUCUAAGAAGUAAACCUAGAAGAUUCACCGGAGGGCAAAGGGUACCCUAAAACUGAAGUCACGAUAAGGAGGAGGACUCAGGUGCAGGCAGUAGGAGGCGUUUCCUGCGCAUGGAGUGACCUGACGCUCCCCACACAUCUGUGAGGUCCUGCGCCUCAAAACACAGAUGAAUGUGAGAAGACUGCUGUCCCCAAGGAAGGAAAAUGCCUGACAGAUGCGAGCCAACCAGAGCAAGAGAGAGAUCCGAACCAGCACAUAAAACAGCUUGGGGAUGAAGACCGAUUUCUGGGUUCUCAUUAGAAAACAGGCCUGGGCCUGUGUCUCAAGGAGAAAAGAGAAGUCCUUGCAACCUAAGAGGCUAGGGUUACCCUGGUUUUACACCCUUGAUUAAAGCCUGCUUGCUGUUUGUUGCGUACCUCUGCUGUGGCCUGGGUCUCUGUGUCUGAGGGCAUCUGUGAUAUGCAUUUCCUGGGGCUGGUCCUUGGGGACCUCCCAGGAGGGCAGCUGGGAUGUGCCUGGGCCUCAGCUUCAGUCUGGGCCCUGCACUUGUCCUGCUUCAGCUGUUCAUCAUCCGCUUUCAAGAGAGAUGGAUCUCCUCAGUGCUGAAAUCUCCCUUGAUGGAGCACUUGCCUAAGGCAGGGAAGCCUAGUCCCUGGCUUUCCAUGGAGAGGUGGGCCAGGAUCAAUUGAUGUGAGCACUUGUGGGCUGACCACUUGUUCAUCGUACUGCCCGGUACUGUGCUCCGGGCUUCUGAAGGAUCAAUUCAGGUGAAGAACCUACUGUGGCUGCUCUGUGCCAGCUAGCCCUGUGCUCUGAGCAGUCUGACAUGGCCUGAUCGCGAGGAUCCGGUACCCCGUUCCUAGAAUAUAGGAUGGGGGCAGGUAGGUACCGCACCCUCUGUGGAGUCCCCCUGGGCAGGUUGCGCCUCCUCCUGUCGGUGUGCGCUGACGGUCCUACUGUCCCUGUGCCUCACGUCUCUGAUGUGGCCUAGGCAGACCCAGUGUGAGAACUACUUUAGAAAUGUUUCUGUUCAAGCUUUUGGGUUUCUUCCUUGGGCCCAGUUCUGUGGGCCUUCGGCUUUUACCUCGUGAUCAGUAAGAGAGACACUUCUGUUUCCUGAGGUGGAGAAAGAGGUCUGCACGGGGUCUAGAGGAGGCGUUCUGGCCAACCUCAGUGGGUUCUGCCGGCUUCCUGGAGAAGGGGAUGCCUGUGUUGUUUGGAUGCCCC